AUGAAUUUCACCCAGCACCGUGGGACACUCCAGCCUCUCCAUUUCUGGAACCACAGCUACGGACUGCACGGAGGUGGCAGCGAGCCCAAUGCAAAAGGCCACUCCUCGGGAGGCUGCUACGAGCAACUCUUUGUAUCUCCUGAAGUGUUUGUGACUCUGGGCAUCAUCAGCUUGCUGGAGAACGUCUUGGUCAUUGUGGCAAUAGCCAAGAACAAGAACCUCCAUUCACCCAUGUACUUCUUCAUCUGUAGCUUGGCAGUGGCUGACAUGCUAGUGAGUGUAUCUAAUGGAUCAGAAACUAUUGUCAUCACGCUGCUAAACAAUACAGAUACAGACGCACAGAGCUUUACCAUAAACAUUGACAAUGUCAUUGACUCAGUGAUUUGCAGUUCCUUGCUUGCAUCAAUUUGCAGUCUCCUUUCAAUAGCAGUGGACAGGUACUUUACUAUCUUUUAUGCCCUCCAGUACCAUAAUAUCAUGACGGUGAAGCGCGUAGGGGUCAUCAUCACAUGCAUCUGGGCUGCUUGCACAGUCUCAGGCAUUUUGUUCAUCAUUUACUCUGACAGCAGUGUUGUCAUCAUCUGCCUUAUUAGCAUGUUCUUCACUAUGCUCAUUCUCAUGGCAUCCCUCUAUGUCCACAUGUUCAUGAUGGCUCGGAUGCAUAUCAAAAAGAUUGCUGUUCUUCCAGGGACUGGCCCUAUUCGUCAAGGGGCCAACAUGAAAGGGGCCAUCACUCUCACCAUCCUGAUUGGAGUUUUUGUUGUGUGCUGGGCUCCAUUUUUCCUGCACCUGAUUUUCUACAUCUCCUGCCCCUACAACCCUUACUGUGUGUGCUUCAUGUCCCACUUUAACUUCUACCUCAUCCUCAUCAUGUGCAAUUCAAUCAUUGAUCCACUCAUCUAUGCAUUCCGGAGUCAGGAGCUCAGGAAAACAUUCAAGGAGAUUAUAUGCUGCUGUAGCCUGAGAGGGCUUUGUGAUCUGCCUGGCAAAUAUUAA